AUCUAGACCAUCAGCAAAUCAUUGGACCUAAAACUACUUUCAGGCCCUCAUGAAUCCGGAUUAAUUAGAACCAAUGUUCUAAUUUGUUUUCUUUCUCGGGGUCAUUGUUCAAUUAUUAUUUUUAUAUUUUUUUUGCGGACUUCCUUACCGCUACCAGGAUUGGAAUCCCAGCAGUUCAAGACGAAAAGAUUAUUCAUUUUACUUGACUUUUAUUUAUAUACAGGGUGCGGAAGUUCAAAUGCCCGAUAUCUUUAAAAUGAUCUGUUGACUUCAAAUUUUGAAAUUUCGCGCCAAAUUUUUGUUUUCAUUGUCCUUUGGCAUUCGUAAAUAAUAAACAAUUUCUAAAGAUUUUUGAUUAAAACCAAUUCAAAUGAGUAUGGAGGCAAGACGUCAGAGCAUCCUCGAUAUGGCUUGCGCAGGAGCUGACAAAAAGGCCAUUGCCAAGCUCACGGGGGCCAAUAUCACCACUGUCAGACGUGUGAUCAAUGCAAGACUUGGAUCCAAAGAUGUCAGCCGGAAGUCCCGAAAGCCAAUAAAGUCAAAAAAGAGGACCAAGAAAUUUAUCAGGGCCGUUAAGACCGAAAUCGACAAGGACCCAACCAAGUCCAUGAGGAAGAUGGCAAAGAAGUUUGGUUGUGAUGAGAAGACAAUCCGGACCACUGUCAAAGACGACCUUGGAAUGAAGUCCCUGACACGUCCUCCACGUCAACUCAUCACUGAGAGGGUCAGGGUCCUUCGCCUGCAAAGAUGUCAAACCAUUCUGUCAUGGAUGAAAAGGCAGGAUCUUUACCAGCUCCGGUAAACCGGACCAAGCAUCCUCAAGGAGUCAUGGUGUUGGGCAUCAUUGCCAGCAACGGCCUCACCUGCCCGCCCAUUUUCAUUGAAGCUGGACUCAAGGUCAAUCAAGAGGUUUAUCUUAAUCUUUUAAAAUCAAAGGUCAAACCAUGGCUUAAGAGGAACUUCCCAUACAACAAUUACGUG